CACACACACACCCACACACAUUGUAGACAGAGAGCAACCAUCUCUAUGGAGCUGAAAGGCUGACGGUAUCACAUGAGAGCCGUUUAGCAUGGGGGGGGGGCGACUCUGAGACAGGAAGUUUCUCUCAGGAACUCUCCAACAGAUCUGGAAGAUUCACUCUCUGGGAAACACUUUCAUUUCUUCAGAGGGAGUAAACGUUAGGCUUUGUGACGAGGUGUGUGUUUCGACAGAGACUCCAGUGUUCGCUGCUCUCUGGUUCACUCCACGUCUCUGCUGCAGAGGAGGAGGAAGCUGAGGAGGAGGAGGACGCUGGCCGGACCCCCCCGACAGCUGCUGCACGACCCCGACUCUGACGACUCCCCCGGCUCCAGAGAGCGACGGAGGGUGAUCCUCGGCCCGCCCAGUGGGGAGGACCUGAUCCUGGGCACCAGAGACUCCUGCUGCCAGACAGAGGACUUCCUGAUCCCCCCCUCCAGGAGGAGGAGGUCUCAGCGGGGGUCCCUGUCAGCGGGGAACCUCCUGAGUCUGUCCGACGGCAACAUGUUCCCCCUCGCCCACCUGAGGUCCCACAGCCUGCCCAGAGACCCUCUCCGGGGCCCAGAGGAUGAGAGGCCCCCCUUCAGCGUGGAGGACUUCCUGCCGGGCCCCGGAGAGCAGGAGGAGGGCCAGGACCCCCAGCAGAGGAGCCCGGAGAGGAGCUGGAUCCAGGGCCGGAGGAGCCUCAUGGGGAGUGGGGGGGAGAUCUCCUCCAGCUCAGACACCUUCAGCAGCCCCCGCCGGGGCCCCGGAGCCUCGCUGGGGGGCCACAUGGACCACAAGGACGACCACCAGUCCUCCAGCGGGAACUGGAGCGGCAGCAGCUCCACCUGCCCCUCCCAG